GUAUCUUACUUGACGUACCGAUAAACAACAGGUCGACUGCUUACUCUCAGGCUCAUCAAGAAAAGAAAGAUGGCGGAUGAGUCAUCAGAGAGCGAGUCACCUGUCGAUCGUGCCAUCUUAACUCUCUUAGGAAAAGUCAAUUCGCUUCAUGAAGAAUGCCUUAAAGUCCGACAGAGCACAUCGGACGCUGGUGAGUUAGAUUUAUUAGACAAAGCAGAGGCCAAGUGUAAAAUGUGUCUUCAACUCCUGGAAAAAGGUCAAGCUGCAGCUACCAAAAAGGCAGUACUUUUCAAAGUUCUUCAGAAUUACUCACAGGCUCUUCUUGAUCAAACAUAUGUUCUGGAGUGCAGACUGGUAAAUGCAGAUUUUCCAGAAGACAAGUGUAAAGGAGACAUAAGGCAUUUAAUUGGCCAAUUGGACCAGCCUGAGGAGCUGGUGAAAGACCUGCUUGAAUCAGAGUACAAAUCUGGACAAAUUCUAGGCUCCGACAUACUAGAAUGCUUAUUUUGGAGACGUGGGGCUCUAUUCUACAUGUACUGCCACACACUGUUUAAUGAUCCGCUAAGAAGGCAGCUUGAUACAGCUCAUAUUAGACAGAGUGCUGAAUCAGGUGUCAAAUACCUGGAGGCAAUGUUAUGUGUUCGUUCACCACUGAUGAUGGAUGCAGUGACAGAUGUUUCAGCAAAGAAUGAAGACAUGAUGCAGCUUUUGAAAAAAGGUAUCUUUAGUGAUACUCACCUCCUUGCUCUUAUGUAUUCUGGUGAACUGUGCUAUUGGCACUGGAAGAUUGUAAUGGAAACAUCUGCAGAUCAGUCUGUGGAAGAGUCGAGCGAUGGGGAUGAAAACUGUUCAGGGAACUUUAAUUCUGUAUCAAAUGGAAGGCGAUUCCUUCAAAAGUUUGUGAACAUUGUACAGGAGUGUUUCAAAGGAAGAGGCUGGGAUUGUUCAAGGGCUGAACAGAUUUUGGCUGAGUUUCCUGAAUGUUAGUCGUUUGAAAUAGUAUUUUUUUUCCAUGAGGAGAUGCCAUAGGGCGUGUUUCGGUUAAGUGUUGUAAAACUAAAACAGUAGUUAUCACCACAACCAAACAGAUGAAGGGAAAAUUUCACAAUGAUGUAAUGAAAGAAGAAACAGGAAAACUUGAAGUGACCAAAAGGCCAGCGGUUUUUAGUUCUCUGUGCUAUUAGUUGAUUUUUGGCAAGGGUUUUCUAUUCCAAUCACACAGCGUUUUGGCAAAAGAAAAAUAAGGUAAUCUCUGAUUCCUUUCAACGCAGAAUUGAAAGAUUCCCGAAUUGCAAUUUCAACUGUCACCAGCGUCUCAGCUCUUCCUUUUAUCAUACGUAAAAAAAAACUGACCCGUGUUAUGAAAGGAAAUGUGCUACUCAAAAUAUUUGGUUGAAAACGGGUAAGAACAGUGUCACGACUGGUCACACAAUCCGUGGGAUUGUGUGACCAGAUUGAUUGUGUGACUAAUCUGUAGAAUUUGUAUUACAAAAUGACAGUGGUGAACGCAAAAGAAAUUUAUUACAAUAUUUAGGUUCAUUAACGAAGUGUAAACCCUGACUGUAGGAUGUAAAUAGUACAACUUUUCCUGAAUAGUUAAUAAAGAGCGAAUUAAAUUCUG